GUGCUUUUUCUGUGCGUACGAGGGCACCAAGACGUAGUUGAUACCGCGCUGGAUGCCGCCCUUCCGCCAGAUCAAUAUUGCUUUGGUGGGGCUGAAACGGGGUAGUUUUGAAGGGUUGAGGGGUUGGUAGGUUUCCUCCACUGAACGGUGGGGGAGUCGUGAAAGAUCGAAGUAGGGGGAUGAAUGUGUGCGGAGCAGCCACCACUGUCAUGGCGCCGCGCACCACUGUCAGGAUAGCGCUCACGGCCUUGAUGUCUUAAAUCGUAGCAGCACGUUUUACAAUUACCAAGUUUUUCGCCCGACUUUUUUUUACCAAAAAAAUAAUAAAAGAACAGAAUUCAAAUCUUUUUCAACUGUUACAAUUUUUAUCGCCUUUCGGAUAUAUAGUGAUCAACUUCAUUGCGCUUCUUGUUGACUUUUCAUAAAAUUCAUCCGUGUGGUGCGUGGUCUUAUUGCGGUAUCGUGAGAUUUUCAAUACGCUCCCAGUUUUUUCCAUUUUUACUUUUUUACUGAAAUAGAACAUUUUUCCACCAGGACGUGUCAAUUGCUCGAAAGUGAAUGUUAGUAAUUUAGUCUACUGUGAUACUAGUUGAAAGAAGAUAUUUUGGGCAGAGGUUAGAAAAUUGAUUAUUGCAUUUUGUAAGCGAUAAGAUGAUCCCUGAUGACCACGAGGGCGAUGAGAAGGGACGUUCCUAAAAAGCCGGUUAAUGAUUAAAUGGAAGAUAAUUGAUUAUUAAUGACUUGAAUUUAAAAACAUCUUUGAAGACGUGAGAAAAAGAAGUGGGAAAUUUGUGUUAAACAUUUUUUUCGGCGGGAUUUAUUGAAAAGUGAAAAUAGGUGUUAAAAAGAAGUGGAGAUAUUAGGAUCGAGUGAAUUUCACUGCACGGACAAGAAGGAUCAACAAUGUCCUAGCGAAGGCAGUAUCCUGCCUGGGCAUUCCCCUUAUCCUGCUCCAUUUCACCUACACCCGUUUCCCGAACCGACCGCGACCGUCCAACCUAUAUCCACCCACCCCAGCUGUAUCCAUCCACGUAUUUUCCCUCAGCCUCUGCAUUACAUACACACUCACCAACACACAAUUUGUGUUCUUGGAAAUGUGUUUGUGUCCUGAAUCAUUGAGACACGAGUUUCCCACGUCCAUCCGAAUCCAAAGUACUUAAUCUGGCAGGGUGAUCCUGACCCCACCCGAUCAAGGAAGAACCACACCCCGGCAAGGAUUUCGGCAUUCGAAUUUAUCGGGCAAUGCUAACGAUACUUUGCGGUGGUUAAUUCGGCUUUUCUGGCAGAAGUGGCGACGCGAGCAAAAAUCGUUGCCGCAGGCAGACGAGCCGGACAGCGGUAGUGGCAGCGGAGCGGCAAGGGUACUAUGGGAGCAGGGGAAUGGGGGGCGGAGGAGGGCUACAAGCCACGGACCUCCGGCGAAGGCUCGUGUCCGAACAUUCAAGAAGUCGAAAAAAUUCACGUCUCCUAGAAGAAAAUGCUCCCGACAAAAAAGAUUCUGGAGUCUGUCUCUGUAACGAAUCUGUCAUUAGGCAAAUAUCAGGUCGGCCGACAUGUGUCAGAUUCAAGAGAAAAGAAAUCGAGGAAGGCGGAAAAGAAAUUACGGACGAGAAUUUAAGACUGAGAGAAGUGGUAACGGCGGAACUAAAAUCAAGACUUUCAGUCGGAAGUUUUAAAAAUUUGGAGGACGACGGUGAGGAUGGCAAUGGGAGAAAAAGGAAUAAUCAGAGGCGGAACCGUUUCCGGUGGUUUAUCAAAGACCUUUGGCGAAUCGUGGGAAUGGCAUCUAGGACUCUGUUCCUCGGUGUUGUGCUACUCGUUACGCCAGGUCUCUGCCAUCAAGAUGCUCAACACAUAACGGCAAUUUUGGGUGAGAGUGUGGUCUUCAACUGUCAUGUAGAGUUUCCUGAGCAGCAUCCAGUGCCGUAUGUUCUCCAGUGGGAGAAGAAGGUAGGCGACACGGGGCAGGAGAUACCAAUUUACAUAUGGUACGAGUCAUAUCCAACCCACAGUGGCGAAGGUUAUGAAGAUCGAGUCUCAAGGGUGAGUCCUAAAUCACCCUAUGGCGACGCUAGUCUUAACCUGACCAACAUUCGUGAGACCGAUCAGGGCUGGUAUGAGUGCAAGGUCGUCUUCCUCAAUAGGCCUCCCAACACACAUAAAAACGGCACGUGGUUUCAUCUCGAUGUUCACGCGCCUCCUAGAUUUAGUAUUACACCGGAGGAGAUAAUCUAUGUAAAUUUGGGCGAUGCAAUAAUUCUCAACUGCCAAGCGGAAGGAACGCCGACACCGGAAAUCCUAUGGUAUAAGGACGCCAAUCCUGUUGAAAUAUCAACGACCAUCGGCAUCUUCAACGAUGGUACAGAAUUGCGGAUUUCUACCAUUAGAAAUGAAGAUAUCGGUGAUUACACCUGCAUUGCACGAAAUGGCGAGGGACAAAUUAGCCACACUGCACGAGUUAUCAUUGCAGGCGGUGCUGUCAUCAUGGUUCCACCAACAAAUCAAACAAAGCUCGAAGGGGAGAAGGUUCAAUUCUCCUGCGAAGCGAAGGCUCUUCCAGGUAACGUGACAGUACGCUGGUAUCGAGAAGGUGCGUUAGUAACAGAAGUUUCAGCACUGGACACAAGAGCUUCCGUCCGAAUGGAUGGGAGUCUUGUGAUAAAUCCCGUUAGCGCUGAAGAUUCUGGACAAUACCUUUGCGAAGUCACUAACGGAAUUGGAGAACCACAAACAGCCAGCGCUUAUUUAAAUGUCGAAUAUCCAGCUAAGGUUACGUUUACACCGACCGUCCAGUAUCUACCUUUUCGUUUAGGAGGCGUUGUACAGUGUUAUGUUAAAGCAAAUCCCCCUGUACAGUAUGUGACUUGGACCAAGGACAAGAGAUUAUUGGAACCCUAUCAGACAAAAGAUAUUGUAGUGAUGAACAACGGUUCCUUAUUGUUCACUAGAGUCAACGAGAACCAUCAGGGAAAAUACACUUGUACACCUUACAAUGCUCAAGGAACACAAGGUAGUUCAGGACAAAUGGAGGUGUUGGUCAGGAAUCCUCCGGUCUUUACUGCCGAACCUGAAGCUACCUAUCAGAAGAAAGUUGGAGAAACUGUAGAAAUGCACUGUGACGCUCAAGAAGGAGAGGGAACUCAAAAACCUUCUAUUACCUGGCAGAGAAAGGACGGCAUUGGAAUCCAACGAAAUCGGGCAAAGAUUGUUGGGGGUAAUCUAACUAUUGAUAGUCUUCGUCGUCAAGACUUUGGAUACUAUCAGUGCGUGGCUUCGAACGAAGUUGCAACUAUUACUGCUUCCACACAGCUUAUAAUUGAAGGAACCCAACCGCAUGCUCCAUUUAAUAUUACCGGAACCGCAACUCAAUUUUCGGUCAAGUUGUCGUGGUCUCCAGGAUACUCAGGAGGUCCAGAUUAUAAGCAAGAUUACACAGUCUGGUACAGGGAAGCGAAUACCGUCGAGUGGACAACAAUUCCAGUAACGCCUUCGGGAAGUACUUCAAUGACGAUAGGCAACUUGACGCCUGGCUCUGCCUAUGAAUUUCAAGUAUUCGGAAAAAAUGCCCUAGGCGACGGUGUUCACAGCAAUAUUUUUACCAUUAAGACCGAAGAAAUUAUAGAUUAUAAUUCCCUCGUAUUUCCAACUGAUUCUUCAGGAAACAUCUUAUAUCCGCGAAUCAUGAGACCCAAAGGACCAAAACCGGGUCCACCAAGGAAUGUAACAGUGAGAGAGGAGGAGAAUGGCUUCAUUAUUUCGUGGCAGCAUCCGGCGGAGAAAACUCAUCUGGUACAAUAUUACACAAUCAGAUACAGAACUGAUGGACCUUGGAAGGAUCUCAACAAAGCGCGAAUUCGACCCGAAGAUACUUUUUAUCUAGUGAAGAAUUUAGUCGGAGGUAGAACUUAUCAUUUUCAAGUCUUCGCCAAUUCUUCGACAAAUUACGGAGCAAGUGAUGAAGUGAAAUUCCCAGUGCCGGCUCGAGUGAAGCAUAAAGCAAUAACCGCUGGUGUUGUGGGCGGUAUUCUCUUCUUCAUCGUAGCCAUCAUCCUCAGCAUAUGUGCGGUAAAAAUAUGCAAUAAACGGAAGCGACGAAAACAGGAAAAAGAACUGCUUUCAGCGUAUAAUAUGGUAGCGUGCCGGUCCACUGACGCCCGGAAUGGCGCAGGACAGGGACCCCAAGGAACAGUGCCUUUAAAAAAACCUAGAAAGAGCCGAGUACCAGGUCUAAGUUUCUUAAGGGAUAUCCUGAAUGCCGAUACGCCAGAUUCAUUUCGAGAUCGUCCGCUGGGGAAAAUUUCACGAGCAGCCGACGGUCGGUUUGUUAUAGCCGAUUCGGUGCUUAGUUCAGCCAACAACAGUAUUCUGGACGCCUCGAGCAGUGAUGACGGUGGAUUUCUACCGAAGAGUAAGUUGAAGUCAUCCUGGAGACGACCGCUGGUCGACAUAAGUCAAUUGAGUCUACGGUCCGAUGGAAGUGGCGUUUCAAUCGGCGUUGUUACACCGGGACAUUUGGGAAUUCCGCUAAUGAGACAACCGACAAUUUGCACCAUCUCGUCGCCAAGAUUCAUGGCAAGUUCUCCCAGUGGAACACAAAUUCCCUGGACGCCGGUCUACCUCAGCGAUCUCAGUUCAGUUCGUCAACCAUCAACCGGAGAUCGUUCGUUCCCAACACCUCCGGGUUACAUUCAACUGAGGAACGUCCAUCAACGCUACAGUCAAGAAUUACCAUCACUGAAAGCGAUACACGCCGAGUCCCGGAGGUUCGUACCAGUUCAACCCCUGGCUACUUCCUCCCCGCCACAAACGGCCGGCAGGCCCAGAGCACGACUUCCACCUAGACACGCGAGGCACGCACGUUCAGCACCCGAACUGGCAGCUUCUCCCGAUCUCGAAACAUCACCAGAGAGCAGGUCCAGUAGUUCCGGAUUUGGCAGCAAGAACACAUCCCAACAGAAUCAAAGUUCCCGAAGCGGUAGCACAGUUGCGGAAUGGAGGCCACCUCCCUACAGACCCCCACCUCCACCACUGGUGGGCAAAUGGCUGGAGCUCCAGAAUCAAGCUCCAAAAGUGACUCCACUAACUCAUAUCCAAACUGCAGUUGACGCCGGCAGUGUCGACGGUCACUACGAAUUUGACCCCGUGUCCUGCACACCGACCCCAACAUCCGCCUCCACACCCACCAGAGAGGAACGUCCUCCCGCCCAUCAAAUGCAUCCAAUUCACAUGCCCCAAAUCCAUCAAGUCCACACCGUUCAUCAUCAGCCAGCGAGAUAUUCACGGGACAACAUUGAGGCUAGAGUUCAAGCCAUGAAGGCCGAAUUCCAUCAGUUCCGGCAACGGCAAGCCCGAAGAAAACAAAGCGUCCACUUGGAAAGCGCUUGCUGAUUCAUCAAUGCUGAUCUCACCAAAAACGGAGGGCGCUAAAAAUUUAACGUAAUAGUAAGAGUAGGGUUUAGAAAAUAACAUUGUGUCACGUUUUCACAAUUAUUACGAUCAUAUCUAUUAUUCAGCGAAUAAAAGAAACUUUCCUUUGGAUUUCCAAAAGAGAAUUUCAAUACACAAGUUGCAGUGCGAAAUAUUUUCCAGAGGCUUAGAGAAAAUAUUUCCCUCCAUUUUUUGCAACAUAGCAAGGACGCUCCAAAGAAACUAUAUCUUUUAAAAAAAACAACAAAAAAAGUCAUAAUAAUCGUAAACUAAGUAAUAAUUCAAAGAGAAAAAAAACACACUCAAGUAAUUAAUGAUGAGCAAAUGGACUCUAAACGUGAUAUUAGGCCGAAGCUUGCCUCGAGAUUGCUUAAGGACUCACACUCAUAUUGCACUGCCUGUCUAGGGUUUCGCUAGUAACCCAAAAUAUAUUAUUGGCACAAUAAUUUUUUCUUAAGCAACAUAACGAGAAUAAGUAACGCUCUUUUGAAUUAACCGAGAAAUCCAAAUCUAAUGAUAUUAUCUGAACAUUAUUGUGAAUUUGACGUUUAAAUAAAAGCCUUGUAAAGCGUCAUUUUCAGCGAAUUACGAAUUUUUACACUCAAUGUUUAUAGUCAAAUUCGAAUAAUGUUCAAUCUCAUCGUCAUAUUGGACUCUUGAUAUUUGUAUAAUCGAAAAAAGGAGAGAUUAAAACAUAUGUCUCUCAAGUUACACGAAAAAAUACUCAAUAACCCACCUAAUUCCCACCAAACGCAUUGUAUUAAAUCAUCAUUGAGAUCUGGUAAUUAAUUUACGAGAAUUUUUGAGAUUUUACCCCUUUUGGAAAAUUAUUUCCACGGCGUCCCUCGACGAGGCGCUCACAUCGCGAUUCUUAAUUCCGUAGCGUUCCUCCAGGUGGGGCGAUUAUUCCCACGAAUACUCAAUUUUUAAAAUCUUUAUUUGUAAUUUUACUACCUGAUCUUCAUUUUAAUAAAUUAUUAUAUUACAUAUUUAUAAACUAAAUUAUUUUUAUUUAUUUUUAUACUUUUGAUGUUCUUUUCUUCCGUAAGAUCUCAAAAAAUCUCAAGUCACUCAUCCAAAUCUCAAAAAUACAUUUUACUUUCUUUUUUAAAGUACAAAAUAUAAUUAUUUAUAAAAAAAUAUACAUAAUAUCGUUAGUAAAUAAUUUUAGUAAAGACUCUAACUCACGAUUCAACUAUAUUUGGAAGAAAAUUAAAAAAAGCGCUGUGGAUAAAGAACUGUUCAGUGAAGGUGUGUAACUUGUAUUAUUAAUUAAAAAUUCGAAGAGUGCAAGAUGAAUGAGCGAGAGUGAAAGUUUUAGUAAAAAAAAAUGCACACGAAGAGCAAUUAUGAACAGAAAGGAAAAAAAAUUGAAAUGUAACAGUGAUUUAAAAACAAAUCGGAGAUUACACAAAGAGUACCAAUAUUCUAAAGUAAUUCUAAUAAUUGAAUUAACAAUUUGAUAAUUAAUUGAUAUUGUACAUCGUAACGACGUAGCGUGUAGUACAUUAAUCAACGAGACUACGAAAAGGCCGGAGAUACGUUUUUAAUAUGAAAAAAGACCGAAGGUUAUUUACCGAAGGUCAUUGCUGUUGUAACAUAUUAAUUAUUAAUGCAUAGUUAAAGAUAUAAUGUGUAAUGAAUGUUUUUUCGUUCGACCCUUUACUAAUAGUAAGGUAAAAAAAAUUUUCUGUAAUUUCCAAUACUCUAUAUUAAUGAAGUGAAUAUUUUUAAUUCUAAUUACGUGCUAUCUUUGAAUUUUCGAAUAAUAUUCGAAUAAUAAAUAAUCUAUUAUUUAUUUAUUUAUUUUUUUUAUUGUUUAUACUCCUGCCCUAU